AUGACCUUAAACGGAAGUAAGCUGAGAUGGAAGACGGCAUCGUCGUCCAUUGGACGGAACAUAACCUACGUCCAAGAUGGCGGCCUGCAGGUGAAUGUUGCUGGGUUGUAUCAUAUCUACUCACGGCUGGUGUUUGUGGAUGACGGGAAGGACACAGCUGACAGAACGGUCUCUUACUCCAUCUGGCUGCGCAGCUCGGGCAAGGAAGACGAGAAACUAUUGGACAGCGUUUCCUCCGAAUGUAAAAUGACGUCAUCAGUUAAUGGCGUCAUACCCAGCUUCCAAAGCGCAAGCUUUGAGCUGGAAGCAGGUGAUAUUGUCGAGGUGCGCGUGAGUGAUGUGGCGCAUCUUCAUAACUUUGGCGAUAAGAACGAUAAUUAUUUUGGACUUUAUUAUGUGAGGUGA